AUGGAUUCUCUUGUGAACAGAUGAAAAUCUACAGUAGAUGCACAGAAACAGCGGCAAAGAUCACAUUCUACCCAAUCAAAAACUCACACGCAAUCACCUGCAAGAGAUUCCUUAAAAAGUUUAGAGAAUUCUCAUGACGAUUCUUUUAAUCAUUCUAACUUUCCCAAUCUCCAUAAGCGAGCAAAACCAUUAGAAAAACCUUUAUUUUUUGACCAAAAGUCGUCUUCCUUGAGCAAAAAAAAAUUUAAUAUAAUUUUUUUUUCAUAAAAUAUUUUGAUAUAUAAGUGAUAUUCAUUAUAAUGAAACCUCUAGCUAAUUUUGUUUAUUUUAAAAAAUUGCAUUUUAAAACAUAAAUUAAAUUAAUUUUUACUUUCCAAUUUUUGUGAAUUGGGAUUUUUUUAUUUUCGAAAAAAAAAUUACGGUAAAAUUUCUCUAUUGUUUAAAAAAUAAUUAAAUCUGAGGGGUAAGCAAAAUCAUUAUCAAGAUUACAUAAAAGCUCAAGCUCAAAAUAUUAUUGAUAUUCUUUCAAUAAAAGGCCAAGAUCCUCCUUCAAGUAAUUUUUAUUGCAGUUUCGUCUUUCAAUAAAGUUUGCAAUGUAAUUGGAGAUAUUAUCAAAAAUGAACGAUCAAAAUACAAUGAAGAAAAUAACCCUGAGGCUGCUAGAUUGCGUGAAAUGAGAGAAAGCCAACGAUGAAAAUCAGAGUCUAUUAAUAAAACCGUUUCUGAUUUAGAAGCACGCCUUUUUGAAUCAGAGAGAGAAAAAAUAUUGCUUAAAAAAGAAAAAGAGGAAUUAAAAACUAAAAUUGGCGAGAUAAAUAAACAGCUAAGCUCAGCCUUAGUAACUCAGGAAAUCGUUGGGGUUUUAAAAGAAUCGUUUAGGACUGUAGAAAAAUCAAAUAAAGCACUGAUUUCGAGUAUUGAUGCUAUUAAAUCUGCGCAUAGAGAAAAAGAAAGAACAUGGGAGCUGGAGAUUGAACAGCUUAACAAAAUUUUGGAACAUCUUUAUAAGGACGAAUAA